CUAUCACCCCCAACACUCGGGAUUAUUGGUGAAUCCUGACCCCGUCACAAUAGGCCAUUAAGGUAUGUACAUAACCUCAUGUUAUUGAGAUGGUUCUUCUAGGAAACCUUAGCGUGCAUAAACUUGAUGUGGUUGUAUGCAGCAGUAUCUGAUACUCCCUUGGAUGCUCUUUGUAUUUUCAAACACUGUCCAUGACACAUUUUGUUGGAUACCCCUCGAACCUGUAUCGCGAGUGGGCCUGAUUACUCACCAGGGUGGAGGGUUAUUGUGUGAAGUCAUCCUGUUAUUGCUUUGCAGUCUACUCUUGACCCCGCUAAUGCUCUCCUAUAUUACAGGUAUCUCACCUUGUUCCGGUGAGUGUGUUGAUAUUUAAAACAUAGGCAAACGUUUUUACAAGUGAGUUUGCCAUAUCCUCGCCUUCGAAGCUUGUACUGGACGUUCUAAUAUUAUUUAUUCUUAAAC